AUGUCUGCAUUUGGUCAACGUGGUCGACAGUUUUUUAAUAAGAACAACAACAACAAUGAUGAUACUAAGAAGCGUGCGGGCACUACUAAGUGGUCCGAUGUGCGUACGCAGUGCUUGGUACAAAAGUAUGGUCUCUUUCCGUCGUUGGUGCCCACUAGUGACAACAUCAUGAAGAGUCUUAAUGGUGAUAAUUGUGAGUGGUUGCGUCGUCCUGGAUAUGCUGCCUCAUUUCUUGGUCAAGAUUUGAAGGAGUUCUGUGACUCGUUCGACAAUAUGACUAACUUGAUUAACAACGAGUAUGUUGCUGGAGUACUCCAACCACUACGUACUCUGAUUAUAGAGAGUGAUGUGGCUAAGAUUAUUCAGCCUAUUGGCAAUAGUGUUACUCAAUUUCAAGAGAGUGAGAUCGAAGAUGAUGAAGAGGAAGUGGCUACAGCGAUGUAUACCUUCACUACUGAACUGUGUAACUGGGCAAUGCUACGUCCGGAUGGACAUGCUGAUUCUGCUGGGAUGAUUAAAGAGAUGGAAGCUUUACUGGAAUGUAUUACUCCAUUGGCUAAUCUAUGUGUAGACAUACUUAUAUACUUGAGUAUUUUGGAUCAUGGUAGUGACUACAUUCUUAAAGGAGAUGCUCAACUUGCUAACAAUGAGUAUUUCACUGAACUGAAGAAGGGCACUGGUGAUGUGACGACUAUGUCGCAGUACUCGCAGUCGCUGCGAGUCAACAGAGCCUUGUCAGUAGUCCUUCGUUUGGUAAUCUCUCACAAGUAUUUGCAAGAAGUGAUCGUAAAAAGAAAGAUGUCUCGGUAA